CCUGCAUUCUACUUGCAGUUUUGCAGCUCGGAUCUGAGCUGUCCAUGUCUUGCUUCUGCGACUUUCUAGCUUUUCCAUUCGCGGGGAAGCUUCGUAAAUCUCGCAUUGCAUUCUGCUCUUAAUGGACUUUUAAGUUUUGAGUUGAAUUCCGUUGGCUGUCGCAAGAGAUUGAGCCGAGUGACCGCGGAAAUGUGAGAUCUCGAGCGAGCCUGGAAGGAGGAAUGAAUGUUGCUUCGAUUGUCGUUGUGUGAUCUUGUGGAACUAUUGAUUCUUUUGAUUCACUUCGUGCUUCUCAUAAGUAGGCAGGGUAAAGUGAGGCUGACAAAGUGGUAUUCAGCUUAUCCUCAGAAGGAAAGGACUAAGGUUAUUCGAGAGAUUAGUGGUGAAGUACUUGCAAGAGGACCCAAACUUUGCAACUUUGUCGAGUGGAGAGGAUUGAAAGUUGUUUAUAGAAGGUAUGCCAGCCUUUACUUCUGUAUGUGCAUCAACCAGGGCGACAAUGAACUGGAGGUGCUUGAAAUAAUCCACCACUAUGUGGAAACUUUAGAUCGCUACUUUGGAAGUGUGUGCGAGCUGGACUUGAUCUUCAACUUCCACAAGGCUUAUUACAUUCUGGAUGAGCUACUGCUGGCUGGCGAACUUCAGGAGUCGAGCAAGAAAACUGUUGCUCGACUUAUAGCUGGGCAGGAUGCUUUGGUGGAGACUGCCAAAGAGGAGGCUAAUUCCAUCAGCAACAUAAUUGCUCAGGCCAGCAAAUGAGGGUACUGCUUCCUCUCUCAAUCGACUUCCGAAUCUCCAACUGAUCUGGCAACCGAGAGAAUGAGCUGGAGGAAAAUUGGUCACCCAGCAUCAAUUGCAUAUACGUCAUUCGUCUUCCACAUAUUUUGUCACCAUUCAGUGUUUUUAAAUUUCAUUUUUUCAUGUAGUGCUGCUACAUGUAUUGAGACUCUUUUUACAUAAUUAGUUUACAGAAUGAUGCCACUCUUAUUGUGUGUUCAACAUGAAGCAAGAAAUUCCCGCUGGCAGCUUGCCGUGGUGUCGUAAAUUACUUUUGUAAACCUGCC